AUGUCUGAAAAGUCAGUCGAGAAAUACGGCGCCGACCAAGUCGAGGCGGUUGAACGUAGACAGAGCACUUCGGAAGCAGUCACAGAACUCAGUGGCAUCGAGGCGACCGCUGCAUCCACGGCAGCAUGGCUAAUCUCAAUUACCGUCUCUGUUGGAGGUUUCCUGUUCGGAUAUGACACUGGCUACAUCUCUUCAGUCCUCGUCACGAUGGGAACGUCGCUCGGCCACGAAUUGAGCUCGGAUGAGCAAGAACUGGUCACAUCCUUGACCAGCGGCGGAGCCCUCGUGGGCGCUGUGUUUGCCGGUCUGAUAGCCGAUCGAUACGGCCGCAAAUGGCCCAUCUGGAGUGCCUGUCUUCUGUUCGUGAUUGGCACCGUCCUCCAGACCUGCGCCUAUCAUCUGGUCCAAUUCGCGGUAGGCCGCUUCGUGGUCGGCUUGGGCGUUGGCUCUGCGGCCAUGAUUUGCCCGCUUUACAUCGGGGAACUGGCACCUGCCAAAUACCGGGGUCGAAUGAUCGCCUUCAAUAACAUGAGCGUCACCUUUGGCCAACUGGUCGCGUCUGCUAUCGGGGCUGGCUUUCAGCAUGUCCACGGUGAGGGAUGGCGAGCCACUGUUGCAAUCGGAGCCGCGCCUCCCAUUGCCCUGGCCGGCUUGCUUCUGCUCUGCCCGGAAUCACCACGCCAACUAGUCUCCCACGGUAAACACGAGGCCGCAGAGCAGGUGUUGCUCAAAAUCUAUCCUACCUCGACGAGCGAGCAGCGGCAGGCCAAGAUCAAGUCGAUCGAGAUGUCCCUCCAGGAAGUAACCUCAGCAAUGACCAAGGAAUCGCUCUGGACCACGCUGAAGCGAAUUUUCACCACUCCAGCGACCGGGCGUGCAGUACUCACCGCUUGCAUUGUCAUGGCCAUCAGCCAGUUGGGCGGGUUCAACACGCUCAUGUACUAUGCGGCGACCCUUUUCAAGAUGGUCGGCUUCACAAAUGCCACGGCAGUCGCCAUCACGGUAUCUGGCACCAACUUCAUCUUCUCCAUCGUCAACCUAGUGUUAGUCGACAAGUUUGGCCGCCGCGUGCUCCUGUGUGUCACCGUCCUCGGCAUGUCGAUCUGCAUGAUGAUCGCCGCCGUGUCAUUCCACUAUAUUCCGAUCAGCAAGGAUCUCGUGGUCGAGUCCGACCAUAUUGGCUGGCCGGCGACGCUGGUGCUCGUCGCCAUCAUCGUGUACGUGGCCUGUUUCUCGUCCGGAGUGGCUACGAUCGCGUGGAUCGGCACCGAGCUGAUCCCCCUCGAAGUGCGAGCUCUUGGAACCAUGCUGAAUACCGUGACAUGCUGGAGCACCAACAUCAUCAUCGCAUCCACCUUUCUCUCCAUCAUGAAAGGCGCAACGCCAAGUGGAGCGUUCGGCUUGUAUUCAGCCAUCUGUUUCGUGGGCUGGCUGUUCAUCAUCUUCUGCUACCCAGAGUGUAAGGGAAUGCCGCUGGAAACGGUCCGGGAGGUGUUCCGAACCGGCUUCGGCGUGCGAUACUCGAAGCGCUGGCAGCGCGAACACAAGCACCUUACCAAGGUCAGCACGCAUACUUCGUUUGGCCAUUAG